AUGCCUCGUACAAAUAGAGAAAUUGAGGAACUGAUUGAAAAGGCGCUGGAAAAACUACAUACCCAAUCUCGGCUAAAUAUCUCAAAAGUUGCGCGUGAAUUUGAUGUGCCUUAUCAACGGCUCCGUAGCCCCUAUCGGGGCAAAAAAUCACUAUUUGAACGUGAACCUAGGCGAAAACUUGUUUCUGGCGACCAUACAAAUUGUGAAUAUGUGACUGUGGUUGAAGCAAUCUCAACAGAUGGGUUUUGUGUUCCACCAUUGAUUAUUGUUACUGCUGCACAGCUCCAAUUUCGCUGGUUUGAUGAUCUGAAGAAUGAGCAUAUUGCUAUCACUGAGACUGGCUAUAUAAAUGAUCAACUUGCUUAUCAGUGGAUUCAGCAUUUUGAAAAGGCAACAAGAGAACGCAUGAAAGGUUCCUGGAGGAUGCUCAUAUGUGAUGGCUUUGGCUCACAUUUGACAUAUGAGAUGGUCAAAUAUUGUGAAGAUAAAAAGAUUUUACUUUUCUUCCUACCUCCACAUACAAGCCAUCUUCUACAACCUCUUGAUCUUGUGAGCUCGGCCAUUGAAUCAGCAACCGCAACUGGUUGUACAAGGUUUUCAAAGAUUGAUUUUUUGGCUGCAAUUUCAUCAAUUCGCACCAAAACUUUUACAUUACGCACAAUUCAUCUUGGAUUCAAAUUAUCUGGUAUCUGGCCAAUAAAUCCUAAUAUUGUGUGA